AUUCGUGAAAUGGAUCCAAUCGCGCCCGUGCGUAAAGACGCAGCGUAACCCUGGCGCAUAGUUACAUGGAUGUUUGCCUCGUUACGUCAUCUUUGUCGCUGUCAGCGCCACGAUGCCGAGUGGAGGAAACAUGGCCGGUCUGAUGGCGGGCUUCGGCCACUACACCCACGCCGUGGUGCGGGGAAUCCCCGCGUCUCUGGCCAAGGAGGCGCUCCGCAGCAGCCAGGCGGACGUGGACCUGGAGCAGGCGAGGCGGGAGCACGAGGUGUACGUGGACGUGUUGAGAGAGCGGCUCGGGCUGGAGGUGGUGGAGCUGCCCGCGGACGAGUCCAUGCCGGACUGCGUGUUCGUGGAGGACGCGGCGGUGGUGUGCGGGGACACGGCGCUCAUCAGCAGACCCGGAGCCGAGUGCAGGCGGGGAGAGACUGUGUUAAUGAAAGAAACUCUGAAGAAGCUGGGUUUGAACAUCGUGGAGAUGACGGAUGAGAACGCCACACUGGAUGGAGGAGACGUCCUGUUCACAGGUCGGGAGUUUUUUGUUGGCCUCUCCAAACGGACCAACCAAAGAGGAGCUGAGAUCCUCGCUGACGCGUUCAAGGACUACGCCGUGUCCACUGUCCCAGUAUCGGACUGGCUGCACCUGAAGAGCUUCUGCAGCAUGGGCGGACCCGGCCUCAUCAUCAUCGGCUCCAGCGAGCCGGCCCAGAAAGCCCUCAAAAUUAUGCAGCAGAUGAGCGACCACCGCUACGACAAGCUGACGGUGCCGGACGACCUGGCCGCCAACACCAUCUACAUGAACCUCCCCGACAAGGGCCAAGUGCUGCUGCACAUGACGGCGGAGGAGCAUCCCGAGAGCAUCAAGGUGUUCGAGAAGUUGAAGGACUACACGCUGAUCCCUGUGUCCAACUCCGAGAAGGUCAAAGUGGACGGCGCGCUCACCUGCUGCUCUGUGCUCAUCAACAAGAAGGCCUCCAUCUGAGCGUGCUCACUGGCGCCCCCUCAGUGCGUGAAACCAGCCAGAGCUUCUGUAGCAGGCUCAGCGCGGCGCUGAGGAGGGGUCCGGUUUUGAACCAUCCUUCUGAUGCACACCUCAAUUAAAUGUCUUAAGACGAGAAGUUUGAAUUUACGAGAUCAUUUCAAGGUCUUUUCUUUCCUGUAGUCAGUUAGAUGAGUUAGUUAACCCUCAUUAGCCUGUGAAGUCCACCUCGAUGGUCCAACUCUUCAGCCUUAAUUCUUCAUAGCCUUGUUGAACCAAGUGUCUUCAGCCCGCCGCAGCUCUGUACGCAUUCAGGUGCAACUGAGGCUCGGUCCCUCCACCUUACCACUCAUGGUGGUCCAGUUCAGGCCAGUUCAAAUACCCCCAAAUACUGAACCCGGUCACCCCAAACAGCAGCUGUGUUACACAACUCGCCCAUUUGCCUCUCAUUUAACCGUAAAAACUCCUUUUUCUCACCUCAUGAAGUGAGUUUAGCGUGACACUGACACUCAUGCUUCACCAGCCAAAAGGCUCUGCUGACACGGUAGGCCCUCGAUUUACUCAAUUUCUACAUUAAAGUCAAACUGCACUGCUCAACUUUGCUUCCCAUCAUCAUAUGACACAUGCAUGUUUAUCUGCCAUUCACAAGGAUGUGAACCGAUACCGAUUAUGAAAUGUUCGGCUCAGCACUGCACAGCUUACCUUCUCUUCUGGAUGUUAUAGAACUAGUUCAUGUGUGACGAGUGUAUUUAUGCUGAAAACAUCAUAAAGGCCUCAUGGCGCUAGAAGUGUUGGGUACGUCGCUAGUCGAGGACCUGCUGUACACUUUAGCCCGACUUAAGCUCCUUUUAAGUGCGAAAACGUCCGUGUCCGUUUCAAACGUCACCAUCACUGACCUCAUGGUUCUUUGCAUUGGCAGUGCUCUUCACCAAUAUAUCCACCAGGGGGAGCAGCCCAGCAUCAAUAAUUCAUGACAACGACAAAGUCCAAAAAAAAAUUAUGUCGUGACUGGAGGACGGACAGUUUCCACCAUUGUUAUGUCUUCUUCAUGUCUCUCUAGAGUAUCGGGUAGUGACAGCAACACUGCCCCCCCCCCCAAUGGUUUCUGGUGGUACUGCUCCGUUUGGUCCGUAAGCUUUGCGGAAAGAUGCGGAAAUACAGACAAAAUAAAGGCGGCGCACUGACAGAAGGCUCCGUCCAUAUCCAGAUCUGUGCGUAACACUGAGCAUAAAUGGGCCUUUAAACCUCCAGAGCUGAGACUCGAUGGUUGACGACACAGAACGUUUUAUAUUUUGAUCAGUUGAACUGGACCCGAUGCAGUGGCGAGUCAGUAGAAAUAUGAGUAGCAGGAGCUGAUGUGGCCUUAAGUAGAUGAACAACAACAAAACAUUGGUGCUGAAACCUCCGAUAGGAAUUCAUGAUGGAGCCAAAUGAAACUACUGUUCCUCCAGUUUGUCUCGGAACUCAAGCUGGCAUUCUCAAACGCAAUGUAACGGUGCAGACUAGCUUGUUGGAGAGCAAAUAUUUGAAGGUACCGUGGGACUACACUUGCUGUAGUCAUUUUGUCCCACCCCCAUUUCAGAGAAAAGUUCUCAAAUUUUAAAAGCCGUUGCACCAGAGUUGUCUACUCAGUCACUGUUCCAGCCGUCUCACUGUCCUCCACACUCCUCCGUUUCUUCCCUCAGGAGCCCCUUCCUCUCUCCUCGACUGAUCUUCUCAUGCCUGCUGUCCAGAGCAGGUCAUCCUCUGUAACACAUGCUACCUGUCUUAAAACACACGGGGAGGAAGAAGGAGCGAAUGCUUACACCAUCCAGGUCAUCAACUGCUCUGCUUCUGCGAGCUACAAACCUCAUCCUGCCAAAGACUCUGACCUCCUCCUGGUCCACCUUCUGUCCUCCCUUUCUCCCAAUAUCCUGAGCCUGAGGUCUUCACCUGUAAUGUGGGGAGCAACAUACGCACGAUACCUUUCUAAACUGCCAAACUAGUAUUAAUAACCAAUUAAUAAUGAACAAUGUUUCUCUUUAGAUCUGUAUUUGAUUCUUGAAUUUGAGCUGGAGAGUAGUCUCACAACUAAAGGUAAAGUGGCACUCAAACAUGUGAAAUCUUAGGUUUAUACAAACUGUUCUUUGAAAGACUUUCAAAGACUAUCAAGUCAUUGCUAAGCUAAGCGUAAGCUAAUGCUAAGUCAGCCUCAACCAGUUGUAAACUUUGCCUUCAUCCAUCUCUAACAGCAACCGGAGAGCUCCAACUCAAGUGAAACAAAGAGCCAUCUUGGUGACAACCUGUUGCUUUGUCUUGACUACUAUUAUUUUGGUAGCAUGAUGAGAAACAGUUAAAAGGUUUGAAGCCGAGCAUUUAGUUCGGAAUGAAAGACAUGAAUCACCUAACUACUGUACAAUUGUGAAGACACUGUGGUUGCUCUCUGGUUUCUCUCUUCUUUCUUGAUGUGCAAAUAAAGAGCCAGUAUCCACACGUGUUACUCGACGAUUU